AUGGAGAAGGCAGCGGUGGCAUUGGCCUCUGCCAAUUGGCGCAGGCCGUUGCUUCCUCACGAUCAUAAUACACCACAACUCAGCAUGCGUCGAAGGCGAAGAACAAAUUCGAGUGCUGAAACCGACUCCAACGACAUAGCUGAGUCGGCUACCCACUGGCGGAAGCCCGUGGCUGGCGUUUCCCCCUUUCAAACCGCGACCGAUCCCAUAUCCAGAGACAACAGUAAUGCCUCAACAAAGGGAAUGAUCAUGAUCGGUCGCGCGAAGAAGUGUGCCGUGGUCAAUGCCGUACCUGUUCCGAGUAGUCAGAGCAAGAACUCCUCCUAG